GUCAUGACAAGUAGAUUUGCAAUUGGUAGAUGGAGGGCUGCUUUCCUUUAGCAGCUCUUAAAAUGGUGCAGACCAUGUGUCAUUUCAUCCAGUCAUGACGGCAUGUCUUGAUGCUGUGAAACCAGAAGACUGACCUGCUGACUUAGCUUUCACAAUCAUUUCUAGAGAAGUGGCUUCAUGUCUGGUUUAAAAAAUAACUCGAAAAUACGUAACUCUGGAGUUUGUGGCGUUUUUGUGUUUGCUUUGUUUUGUUACUGUACUGGUGAUUUAUUUACUAUAACUUCUACUUCUUAAAAUGCUUAUACAUAACCAGAGAGUAGUGGUCUGCAACCUGCAAAGAUUUGUUUCUUCAUUAUUGGAAUAAUAUGUUGUGUAAAGAAUACUAGUGCAGUUCUCCCACCACUGAUUCUCCAAGUUAACAGCAGUACAGUUAUGUGAAGAGAAAUUACCGCCCGCCCAAGUGGUGAGGGCAGGCUGGAAUGGCAUGUAAUAUCUCAAAUACUACAGUGGAGAUGCUCACUAGCUUGUCGAUGAUAUGCAAGAGGUGGCAUGGGGAUGGCUGCUCUUGUCAAGACAGCGUGCCAAAUGCUGUUCCAUUACAUGCAAAGUUUAAAUGGAGAGGGAUAUAGAUCAGGGUUGCCUGGGACAGUCUGUUGGUAUUGAUCAUCUUUGAUAGCUGGUCUGCAAAAUGUCAGCAUUUCCAAGUGACUUCUUGAACUAUGUAUGCAGGAUGAGUGCUGCAUCCCAGUCUUGGAAAUAUCACUGGAUUUUAGGACAGCCAUUAGCACUCCCAUAGAAAGAUAACAGACUGAUUUGCCUGUGUAAACUCUAGCAUCAGGUUGCUGACAAUUAGUGUUGAUAUUCCUUCCCUUCUGCACAACUCUAUGUGUUCUGGGGGGAAAAAGUUCUUAGACUUUGAAGUCAAAAAACAGCAAACCCAGAAAUAUGGAGUCCCAUGAAUGAUUUCCAUACAACAUUAACAUCUUUAAUUACACACCUAGAGUUUUCCCAAGGCUACAAAUUAACCCUCCUAGACUUGCUCCUCAGGGUAUUUCUUACUAAUCAGAAUCCAGAGUUCUCCAGAGGGGUAAUGUUGUUUCUGGGAUCUUACCAGCCACAGGAGUUAGUGAGAUCUGCAUCCUGGUGAGUGGAGAAGUUUAUAAAAUACCCAGUUUUAGCAUUAGUGCUGUGUGGUUGUUGGAUGCGUUCUGUAGCUUCUGGCUUCAGUAAAGUGAGCUACCUUUUCCAGUCAGUUAGUUCAUCUGUCCUGCCGUGUGAAUAAGAUGCAUUGUAGCAACAUGGUGGCAGAUCAUCAGCAUUUGACUGAAUCAGCAGGGUCUUGUGCAAAAGGAGCAUGAGCUCAUCAGCUUGAAUUUCCUUAACUCCAUGAACUGGGCUGUGAGGAACUCUGCAUCUGAAGUGGUGAACUUGGAGAAGAUGGCAGACUUCCAGCUUUAACAUCUCCCAUUAUCUUUGUUCCCAGGAACUGUGGGCAUUUUUCUUCAGAAAGAUGUUAUCUCAAAACAGCACCUGUGGUUUCUUUUUUUUUUUUUCUCAAAUGCUUUUCCUCCACUCCCAUAACACUGCUGCCCAAGUUUGGGAAUUUCUGCAACGUUCUUACUGGUAACAUACUCUUACCUUGAUCUGUAUACUGUUGAGUUUAAGACCCUUACAGCCCCAGUUUCUCAAUCUUGGGUCCUUUGUACCAGGAGCAGGCCUUGAAGUUAGAUAUGAAGUACUUGUUUACGGUCUGUUGCAUCACUUGUCGUCUGUGAGGAGGGUCAGUAGGCUGGUUAGGACACUGAUAAGUCUGUGCUACACAGUCACCAUCUCUGUGUCUGUAAACACGCUUGUUUCUAGGUAAUUCCUUGUGCUGAUUCCAACAGAAAUGCCUGUUUCCUGUGUGCUGCGCAUAUUCUCAUUUCACCCCCUCCCAUAUAGUCAUCCCUCGGGACUAAAAAUUGUCUGGUCUGUUGUUGCCUCUCUGGAACAACAUUCCUCCCUUUUGCUGGAGAGGAGGGAGAUGGCAGGAAUACUGAAGGGAAGUAGGUUUUUUGGUGGUCUUGAAGUGUUAGCUCUCCCUUACCAGCUAGGACUGCUAACAGUUGCUGGUCUUUCCUCAGUAGGUUGUGUGUGUUUUGAGCUGUGAACAUUCGUAUGUGGUCAUGAAUGUGACUGUGUCAUGUGUUCAACGAUAACUGCAAAAUGAAUACUUCUGACUAUAUAUUCUGCAUGUUACAUAUUUCAGCAGCAUGUGAAAUAUAAGUACAUUGAAAUUAGAACAGCUGUUGUCCACACACAACUACUGUAGUGCAAGUACUUUGUCUUCCAGGAAACUGGCACUAGAGUUUCAAUAAAAAAGUAAAUGGUACUUCAUAUUCAGUUGUUAUUAUGAUGGCUUGAAUGCAACUCUAGGUUUGAUAGGAAAGAAGGAGAAAUAACUUAUUUGCAGUACUUAACUUGAACCUAGGAUUUAAUUUUUUUCCCCUUCUGGUUCUGGUGUUUACCUUGGCACCUUUCUGGUCAGAUAGAGGGAAGUAAAGUCACUGAAAGUAAAACAUCUCUGUUUCCCGCUUUUGAAAGAUGUUGAGACAAUACAGCUUCAAGUUGAACGGGACCUGCACUAGGAAAUCACUGCAUGCUUGCUUCUGAUCUUGAAUAUUGUUGGGAAAUACUGGGUGUGAUUUUGAUCCACUUCCUUAACACACAGGCUAGUCAUCUGCACAUGGGUGGAGAAGCAAGAGGUUCUAGUUUCAGCCCAAACCAACUAUCUUAAGAUGUGGGUGGCUGGAGGCUGUUGCUGGUUUUUCUUAUUAACAUAAAGACUAUAUACACUUAAGAUUUACUAUAUACACAAGGUUUUUUAAAGUGCUUUUUACAUUUAGUAUUACUGUCAGUGCUUUACAUUGGUUUUCCCUUUUUUUUUUUUCUCAUUCUCUAGUUCUGUAAUGGUAGGUUCUAUAUGUCACAAGUCACAUGAUUCCAUGACACAUGUAUAUAUAUGUAUAUGUAUAUAUACGAGAUGUCUGGUGACUCUGCUCAGACUGCACUGAACUUCCCUCUUCAGAACCACCAUCACUUCAGAGAAGUUACCUGCCGCUAUGGUGCCGACUCCGGGGGGCUUAACUGAGACCAAGCCCGCUACUCCAGAAGUGCAGAAAAUUGUUGACAAGGUGAAGCUACAAUUUGAAAGCAGAGUAAAUGAGACAUUUGAAAUCUUUAAAGCCAUAGAAUAUAGGACUCAGGUAGUUGCUGGGACAAACUACUUUAUUAAGGUCCAAAAUUCUGAUGACGACUAUACCCACUUAAGGGUGUUUCUGGGCCUUACUUCUGGGAAUGACUGUCCCACCCUUGUCAGUUUUCAGACUGGGAAAACCAGAGAUGAUCCUCUGACCUACUUCUGAGAGAUGAUGAGGCAUGGUGCCUCACUUCUGCAAGACGCAUGUGGAUUCCGCCUGUGUCAGUAAAUGCAUGAAAAUAAAAUAAGUUUUGAAAGCUA